AUGCACGAAAAACCUUAUUACUAUGGUCAAUACAUACGGGGAAGAACACUUUCUUAUGAUGACGUGUACGAGAACAGAAACCGUGGUCAUGUAAGGCGUGAUCACCUUAGAGAACUAGGGCACAGCGAAUCGGAGGAUACUGUAGAUAGUGAAGACGACGGGUGCAAACCAAGGCGAGACAAGAAGUUCAGCCUUGGCGACUUCAUAUUAAAGGAAGUGCAGGAAAAUAGUAUGUAUACGAUAACAUAUCGUGGUUAUUCGCUUGCGAAGAGAGCUGCUAGCGGGUAG